AUGGCUGGGCAGGAGAGUUUUGCAGGCUGUGGCAUAGCUCAACCAAGUACUUAUUACUGGCACUGGCAAAGGGGGAAGCCGGUGUUCCAGCCCUGCCUGGGUUACCAAUCGGGCACCUGGUUUGAGCAGCAGCACAGCGGUUACUCCCUCUCUGGCUAUGACUACGGCUGUGCAGCAGAGAGAGAUGGACACAACCUUUCUGUGCGUGAGACCUCCGGACGCCCAGCUGCAAGUCUGGUCACACCUAAGGAAAGCACGGCUCUGGCAGAAAAGCAAGAUGAAAACCCACUGGAAGACCCAGAUCUUCAUUUGAAUAUUGAAGAACUGAACAAGGAGUUUAUGGUGAAAAGUGAGGAACUCUAUGACUCUCUCAUGAGUUGCCACUGGCAGCCUUUGGAUACGGUUCAUUCUAAAAUCCCAGAUGAGACCCCCAAAGAAGCAUGAGGCUCAUUAAGCUACCCAACUGUCAGAUCAAUUGCAUCUUGUUUUGUUGGGGUUUUUGUUUGUUUGUUUGCUUUUGUUUUUGUUUUGCUAAGACAAAAAGAAUUCUGCCAGGAAUGUACUCUAUGCUGUAUGUAAAUACAAAUCUCCAGGACUUAAAUGUGACUGACAUGAUAGAACGUAAUGUAAAUAAACUUUACCAGCAUAUCCA